AUGCUUGCGAGUCGUUAUGAACUGCUGGAGAAGAUCGGGAAUGGAGCCUUUGGGGAGGUGCAUCGCGCUAAAGACUUGGAGACGGGCGAGAUCCGAGCCAUCAAGCGAUUAAGAGUGAGUGAUGACGGUCAGCUUUCUGUCGUACCGGCAGCACAGUUCCAGGAGAUCGAGGCCAUGCGCCAACUCCAGCAUCCCAAUAUCGUCAAGCUGCUGGAUGUGGUGCCUGAUGGUAGCUACAUUGCUCUAGUGCUCGAGUAUAUGCCUACUGACCUCCUUAGAGCAGUGCGAAAUCGAAAAGAACCGCUGCAUCCUACUGAUGUCCGUGGUCUUCUGCGAAUGCUGCUGCAUGGGGUUGCUUGUUGCCAUGAGCACAAUAUAAUACACCGAGACAUAAAGCCGGGGAACUUGCUCUUAAGUGCUGAUGGAGUGCUCAAACUCAGCGAUUUCGGUCUAGCCACGGUUUUCACGGGACAGCAAGGACGUUCGUAUUCUCAUCAAGUGGCUACCCGCUGGUAUCGUGCACCUGAGUUGCUGUUCGGUUCGCGGCAUUAUGAAACAGCCGUGGAUAUGUGGGCUGUGGGCACAGUAUUCGCCGAGUUACUCCACCCCACCCCGUUGUUUGCCGGACAGAACGACCUUGACCAGGUCUUCCGAGUUAUUCAAGUGCUAGGCGACAUCGAGCAGCAGUGGCCAGGUGUGAGAGAGCUUCCAGACUUUGACAAAGUGUCGUUCCCUGUAUACGAACCCAUGCCGCUUAGCAAGCUCUUUCCUGAUGCUGAAGCUUCUGCUGUGGAUUUGUUGUCCAAACUGCUCGUGCUCGAUCCGAACAAAAGACUCUCAGCUCGAAAGGCUCUUGUGCACGACUUCUUCUUUGAAGGACCCGUGCGUUCAUGCUUCUCGUUCGAACGCAUACCAGUCACGAAGACUCAAAGAAGCGACAAGGAUACUCAAGAGUCUGACGAUUUCCUUUCUUCGCUGGGUAAACCGCUGCGAUUGACAUAGCACGCAUCACAAGCUACUAUUGAUUUUCACGCAACGGUUAUGCGUCGCUACAAUUCGUUUUACUGUGGACCGGAGCAAUUUUAUUGACUGGUGUACUGUGUGGCCUC